GAGAUGAAGUUGGUCGCAUACAGGGUGGUGAUGUGUGCUUAAUGGUCUCUGAAGGUGUGUAUCACCCAUGAUGAGAGGAGGUACGGGAGAUGUGCCAUCUGAACAAGUGGCAGAACUUGUUUUUUCUCCACUUGUAUUUAGUGGGCUCUCUCAGAACUGUGUAGUGUCUGUGUCCAUUUUAAGAGCCCCAGCCCAACAAGGCAAUGAAUACUAUUGAUCCAAUCAAUAACAGGACUUCAGAAGGACUCAAAAUUACUGAUAGACAUUAUGGGUGAUCUUACGGGUCUUGGAAAAUGCAACGCUGCAUCCUCUCCCCUCCAAAUCCAGAGAGACACUCAGGCCCUCCUGGAUUGUCCAGUUUCCCAGCCACGGAGUAUUUCCUCUCCUGUCUGUAACCCUAUGGGGGAUGCUGGCUCUAAUUUAGAUCUACUUAAGCAGCUUACCCUGGCUUUGCAAGAGAAUGGCCAAAUUCAGAAUACUCAACAGGAGGAUAUAUCUGACAAUAUAUAUAACAACAACGCCAUCUCUUCUCCUUUGGACCCUAACCUUCAUUCUUCCCCGCUGACUCCACGACAGCGGGUUGAUGCUGAUUGACUUAUGGAUUAUUCACACCAGGUCUCGAUCCUGGUCUGGAACGCGAAUGGCUGGUCAUCUAAGACUCGUGACCCUGAUUUUUCGAUUUUCAUUUCAGGCUUUGCUAUUCUGGCAAUACAGGAAACAUGGCAAACUGGUGAUAUCCAUUUCCUGGGCUACUCUCCCUUUGUGCUGAGUGCUUUGCCUGGCCCAGGAAGGGGAAGGGCGAUGGGGGGAGCCGCAGUUCUGAUAUCUACUGCCCUCCUUGCCAAAGUUGUAGUACUGGGAAAGUUAGAUCUCUUCGCAAUUGCUGUGCUAAUUACUAUUGAAGAUUUCAAUCUUAUUUUAGUUAAUGUUUAUAUUCCUCCUGCUGGUUCACGAAUCUAUGAGAAAGGGAUGUGGCCAAGACUGGAGAGUUUUGUUCUAGAAAUGCGCACCAAACAUCCGCAUGCACACUUGAUUGUGGUUGGAGGUUUCAAUGCUCGGGCUGGCCCGGAUGAUUUCACUUUAUUUAGAACAUUUCACCAGUUCCCUCCAUCUCUACCUAUCCCCUCCCCAUUCCUCGUGAGACAGUCCAAAGAUGUAAUAUGCAAUGCUCGUGGUUUAGACCUUUUGUUAUUCUGUUACAAGGCAGAAUUAUUUCUACUUAAUGGUGCGGUCUCGACUGACUUCCCUGCAGGAUUUACUAACUGGUCGGGUCCGAAACCCUCACUGCUUGACUAUGUAGCUAUUACCUAUAGCUUGGCUUUGUGGUUACUUACUUACUUGAUCCAAAGGCUCAGCAAGAAUUUAGAUAUUUGCAUUCCAUAUAAAUCAUAAAUCCAUAGGAAAGGUGCCAUUUUCUUCUUCAGGAACUUGUAGUGCUAGAAGGUGCACAAUCUCGCUUUGAACUCUGUAAGUUUGGAGAGAAAAUAAAGGAAAAUAUAGAUUAGUACACAUGGGCUAUGCAGCAGAAUGCCCUGGUCUAAGAGAGGAUUUACUAUGCUUUCAAUAUGAAGACAGUCAUGCUCAAAUCCCAUUGGUAUCAUUCAUAAUUCAGAAAUCCUAUAGUCAACAAACAGGUGCUACAAGUUGUUUUUGGCAGGAUCAACGCCUUCAAAAUCUCCAGGAAAUAGAAACAUUGAGUACUGUGAUUAAUUUAUAUAACAAUUGGUAAUUAUGCAAUAAAGCGUAUUACUGUGACAACCGAUUUAACAGCAACAAUAUGCUCCUGGAUGAUAUUGUUUAGUCAUCCACCCUAUAGUCUCAAAGCUGUUUCAAGAACUGUGUAACAGACACUUUUAAAAUUGUUUGAACAUUAUUUCCUAAAUUGGAUCCUGAAGAGCCAGGAAAUACCAUUUGCUAAAGAUAUACACACAGCCUAGCAAAUGCCCAGAGAGAAUAUCAUAAUACAGUGUAAUUAGUGAAUAUUAUUAGCAUGAGCAGCUGCAGCGAAAAGAUAUGAACAGCAAGAGGCAACUGCACAAGAAUGUUAAAAGGGUAGCGUUAAUGAAUAUUUCUACCCUGGCACAAAAUUGUCAUUAUUUGAUUUGUGAAGCAGUCAUGUUCUUUUUUGGAGUUAAUAAGUCCUGGAAACGAACAAUAGUAGAUCAAUUUGUCACCUUUACAUUCUUAGAUUAAUUCCUGUGAUGGGAUAUGCUGUCGUUAACAUUUGUGACUACUGCUAUAUUGUAAUAGCUUAAGCGAGAACUAAUAUAGAUCACAAACCACAACACAGUAUUGGACUCAACAUUUGUAGCUUGUGCAACCUAUACAUAAAUAUGUCUAAAUCAUUUUUCUAUACCUCUUUCUUUGACAGCAUGAUCAAACACACACACACACACACACCACAAAAUAUGUGCACAUAUAUUCAGCAGCCUUUUUAAAAAUUUUGGAAAUUCAGAAUUCUAAACUUCCUUUCUUUAAGCAAUGAGCAUGCUUCAGCCAAAGAAAGUAGCAUAUAUAGUAAGUCCCAUUGAUUUCAAUGGGAGAUAUUUCAGUAUGCAAUUAAUUCUCCUGCUGAAAUCAGUGGAAGGUUCUUAACUUUGCCUAGGUUGUACCUAUAGUUUGUCAUUGUAAUUUUAUAAAGAGACACUUCCUUCCUAAAAACAGUGGCCCACAUAAUGCACAAGGCAACGCCUGUUUCAACCUACCAGUGCUCCUGCACAUGUGAAAGCAAGCCCUGGUGGUGUUGAGCAAGAGUGCAAUUGUGCAAAUACUUAAAACAGCUCAUGUGCACAGGGGUAUAGCUAGGGGAGAGGGGGUCCAAGUUGGCCUGUCUCCCCGGGGGCCCCUCGGAGUAAGGGAGA